UCGAUCAUGGCGUCGACUAUUGUGUAUCGGUGCAUAUAGAUAUGUGAUUGUUGCUGAUUUCGUUCAGCGCGGAUUCAAUUAAAUCACUUGUGUACCUUUCAAAAAGACGUGCGUGCAAGAUUUCACAAAUGCUGAAACAAUUGCAAAUGGGCCUUCGCGCGUUUUUACUCCUAGCGUCAAGAGUAUGGACCUGUAUUUGUUUCUUACUGAAGAAACAGGUUAGAGCAGUAUCUCAAUACAUGUUGGUUAUCACCAGUGAACGAGUGCCAGCAAAUAUAUUAUCAAUCCCCACAAUACGGAAACAGGUUGUACAACAUCAACCAGUCAAGUAUGAAAUUUUCCCGCUAUCACCUUUAUCCAGGCACAGGCUCAGUAUUGUAAAACGUAAAGUACUAGUAUUAGAUCUUGAUGAGACAUUGAUUCAUUCACAUCAUGAUGGUGUGGUUAGACAAACAGUGAAACCUGGUACUCCACCAGAUUUUGUGCUUAAAGUUACAAUAGACAGACAUCCAGUGCGAUUUUUUGUCCAUAAGCGACCACAUGUGGACUUCUUUCUGGAUAUUGUAUCACAGUGGUAUGAGUUGGUUGUAUUCACUGCCAGCAUGGAAAUAUAUGGAGCAGCAGUGGCAGAUAAAUUAGAUAAUAAUCGUGGCAUUCUACAGCGACGAUUUUACAGGCAGCAUUGCACACCUGAUUUGGGCAGCUACACAAAGGAUCUCUCUGCAAUAUGUGGUGACCUCUCCAGUGUUUUUAUCCUGGACAAUUCUCCAGGAGCAUACAGGGCAUACCCAGAUAAUGCAAUUCCAAUUAAAUCGUGGUUCUGUGAUCCAAUGGAUACAGCUUUGCUGAACCUAUUGCCAGUACUGGACGCAUUACGUUUCACCCAGGAUGUUCGAAGUGUGCUUAGUAGGAACUUGCAUCUUCACCGCCUAUGGUAACACUUAGGUGCUCCUGAGGGUCCUGUUUAGUUGCUCAUUUUAGGUCCACUUCCCUCACCUGACUACAUGGAAUAUGAUGUUACUUUGUGAUGUGAGACAUUGGAAGUUUGUUUACCAAUGUUCCAAAAUAUACAUUGUAUGAGUGGUGAUUACUGAAGCCGUUGUUGAAUUUCAUUGUGGUGAAAUAUGACUUUUAUCGACUAAAAGUGCAGUAAAAUACUUUUUAUAUUGAAAAUUUGUUUUACAUGUCAGAAUGUUAAUGGUAAAAAUCCUAUCUACAUUACAAGUAGUGAGAGAGCUUUCUCUCUCUCUCUCUGUCUCGUUUCUUCAAUUACGAUGCCAUCAAUGGACUUGUGUUUAAUGUCACAAAAGAACUUACCUGCUGUGAUGCAUCUUCAGUGUCUAUCUGGCAGUGAUAUUGCCAGCAACACAAUGUGGAUAAUGUUUUAUUGUAGAUGAAAAUGACUUGUUAGCGUGCACGUAGACAGGGAUUUCUGUGUGAGUGAGUUAUUUUCAGAUAAAGGCCUCGGUAAGUUGAGAAUUGAGUUGAUUACUUAAUUUGAAAGUCUGACUGUGUGUACUUAUGUGCAUCAACAUUGUAAUACCACUUAAACAUUUUUAUCUGAUUGAACAGUGUAUAUCAAACCAGUGAUUUAUUGUAUAUGAAACCAGUGAUUUACCACAACUGAUAUUUCUGGCCCCCAUCUGUUGUAUUACAGCUUCAUAUUUGAUAUAUACCCUCACUCUUUCUAUGUUAAGGUUGUGUUGACUGUUACUGUGGCCCAAGUAAAGAGAAAAUGGAUUUCUGUUUAUAUUGAUGUUAAUAUGUACCAAAAAUGUCAUUGUAUCUUUUUGCCAGUGAAUUUUGUGUAAAUGCAAAAGAGAAAGAAAGUAAACUAAUUAUAUUUUGUGUUCACAUGAGCUUAAUAACUGGUUCCAUUUGCUUUUGCUUCAGUUUGCAGUUGAAUGUGUGUGUAUUUAGAAUCAUUACUUGGUAGCUUUGAGUGUGAAGUUUUAUUCUAAUUUUUAUUUUUCUUUAAUGGCAUUUUUGUUGUGUUAUUUCUUCAGUAGGCAGUUAUAUAAAAAAAUCUAGAGCAUUCUAAGUAAUAUUAUGUGGGGGUAAACAAAAGCAGCCUUGAGACAUAUAAAAUGGGAAACAGUAGAAAUGUAUGUGGGGUCAUUUCAAGAUUUCCAGGCAGUGAGGCAUGUCAUGAACAGAGUAUUUCCUUUUAAUCUGUUGACAAGACAAUGUACUAGGAGACAAGCCUUUUCCUCAAGCAGUUUUUGUAGUUUCAGAAUAAAGAACGUGUUGCUUGUCAUCUGCGUCAUUUUCAAAAAGAAGUUUUUACUUUGAAACAAGACCCUCUACUCUGUUUUAUCCCAUGGCCAGAAUUCUGUCUGUGAGAGGAGUGCUACAAUGUGUGCCCUGUGCAAUAAUUUGUAUUCUGUCUUUUAGUCUCUUGAAACAUUAGUAUUUAUUUUUUUCUUAAAUGGUCCCUAAUUAAUGCCAUGAUGUUGAAGUAAGUUGUUCUUUGUCCUACUUCAUUUCUGGCAUUACAGCUCCUCUUUGCCUUGAUUUUUUUAAAAUGUGUUUCUUUCUCAAUAGUAUUCCAUCUCCUAGAGAAUCUUGUAAGGGCAUUUUCAUACUAAUCUCUGUAAUAUAGUGCUCAUUUUGAGAUAAGGUUUUCCUCUUCCAAGGUAUGUCAAUGUCACAAUAAAAUAUAGCCCAAAGAAGCCUGUGAAGUAUUCUAAUAAAUAAGUUUGGAUUUUAAAUUCCAAUACUAAAUAUUUUUAUGUUGUUAAAGCAGCAGCCUAUGUGUGGUUAACUUGUGACAGUAUAUUUUUAUAGUUCUAUUACUUUUCAUCUUUAUACAGUCAUUAUACAAAAGCUCCAGAGUAAAAUGGUAUAAUAUCUAUUGGUAAAUGAAACUGUACUUGAUUUUUAGAUGGUACCUCCAUUCCCAAAUACCUCAUAUUGUUACUGACCAUUCCUUGCUGAUUUUGGGAAACUUAGUAUCUUCUGUGCAUAAUGAUAGAAGCACUUUCCUAUUCCAUUUCCUUUUUUUGUAUUCUCUGGAGUAGUGCACUGAACAUUUAUAAAUAUCAGUUGUGGUAUUCUUAGAAAAUCAUCUUCAUCACACACAGAACAGUGGAAUGCUUUUCAUGGUCACGUUAUAGCAGGCAUGGUUAUGUUUCUGUUGUCUGUAUAGAUAUGUAUUGCAUAAGUACAUGAUCUCUUUGUAUAUAAUGUUCCAAGAUGUUACAUGAAUAUUUAUUUAAAUUUGUGACAUUUCAGCUGUAAAUAAAUCAUACUGGGUUGGAACAUAGUAGCAUAUAUUAGUGUAAUUUAUUAUGUGACAAAAGCAUAUAAUGUAUUUGAAGUCGUGUUUGACUUUGGAUUUGUUAUUUAAAGCACAAUUUUUUAAUGUAAAUGUCCUUUCCCUGUAUUAGAUACUUUCUUUCAUUAAUCUCAUGGUGCUCAUUCAAGUACUAAACUUAAGGAUGUGAUGUUUUUCAUGAUCUAGUCAACAGGAUAAUAAAUAGUCCAUUCAGUUUUAUACACAAUCUAAAUCUUUGUUUUACGAGCAGCUUGUCAUCUUAAUGCAUUGUUACCUUGACAUGGCAGAUCUUCUUUCAGUAUUUGCUACAAGGUGCUGAAACUGAAUAUGGAGAGGCUAAAAAAGUAGUAAGAAACAGAGGAAAAUCUUACAACUGUAGAGGCUGGAAAAGUUACACACACUGCAGAUUUAAGAAAGAAUAUGCUGAACUGCCAUUCACCCUGCCCUCUUACCCCAUCCUCUACCACAGGCUAUCCGAAACAAAUCCAAAGCUUUUUCACAAGUAGCAGCAAAGCUGCCUUUCAUCACCAUCCUGUAGUUUAUCUUUUUGUUCACAGAUUGAUGUUUGGUAACAAAUAUAUCACUACUAUGACCUAUUUUUCAUUUUAUCUGUUUUAUAUCUUUGUGCUGAUGUAAUGCAUUAUACUUCACAUGACAUUUGAAUCUUGUAUAAAUUCAUAAUCCUUUGUUAAGUAACAUAUUACACUUACAAUGUUUAGUGCAGGCGAGAAGGUUCAUGAGAAACCAAUAUUUGCCCUCCCAUUCCUUCCAUUAUUUGGAGAUUACUUCCUGUUGUUUGUCAUUUCUUGAAGAAAAAUGCAAAAUAUGUUUGAAUGCUAUUUUUCUCUGUAAACCCCUCAGGCCUCCCUGAGUUGCAGCAUAGAUCCUGUAUCAGUGGAAUUUUUAUUCACAGUACACAGAUAAUGUUGCACUGUGAAGAAUAAGUUUAUGGCUCUCUCUUAGUUCACUGCACAGGCCUACCAUGUGUUACUUGUGAAAUGAUUUAGGGGCUAACUUAAGAAUUUCUUUUAGCAUAGCUUUUUAAAAUAAUAUUGAAACUGGCACAAAUUAUGUGUUGUCAUCUUACGUUUGCGUAAGUGGGAUUGAAGCAUUUCUAAUUUGGAAUUUAACUUAGGGUGAAUCCUUUUUCAUUGAUAGUAAUAGGUUAGUAGCGUUUUGAUUUGUAAAUGUGUCCUGUGUCAAAGUUACCAGGUUAAAAAGUAAAAUUCUUAUGUAAAUACAUGUAUUGAAUUACCCUGGUGCUAUAAUGAAACGUGUGUAUCUGUACAAUGACCAGAUGAUGGCUUGAUGUAUUUCUUUGCAUUGUAACAUCUUUUGACAAGUGAUCUUCAGCUAAAUAGUAUUCAUGUAUUAGAGCCUCAGAUAAAAGUAUUUUCUGUCAUAUCACUGGAUGUUGUAUGAUCAUUCAUGGAUAGUAGUGUGCCCUCAAGCAGCAGAAAACUGUAGUAGAUGUGUGGUCACACUUUAAAAUGUUCAAAAGACACUUGUAAAUGAUAAAGUGUAACAUACCGGUGGUUUUCUUUUUCCAUUAUCUCGGAAUAGCCUUUUGGCUGUCACUUUCUAUAAAGAGUACAUUUCCUUUGUGAUUAUUGGGUUAGUGUUUAAUUUACUGCCUUUGAUAAAGACUGGUAAAUAAAGGAUUUUUUUUUUCUUAUUCUUUCUUGUGCUUCACUAGCAUAGAUUCAGUAUAAAUUUAUACUGUAGAUCUAGAAGUUAAAUCAUUGCAUUUUAGAUUUUCCUGCAACAUGCCUAUGUGCCCCCCCCCCCCCUCUCUCUCUCUCUCUCUCUCUCUCUCUCUCUCUCUCUCUCUCUCUCUCUGACAAAAUUGUUCUAUACCCUUUACCGUCAGUUUUAUUCUGUAUUUUGUGCCCCUUCUUGUCUUCCUCCUGCAAAACGUAAGAUCAUGCAUUAUGUCUCAUGUCAUGAUACCCAUGCAUGGAAUCUUACAAUUUGGCAGUAUUUGUUUGUAAUUUCAAAUAAUGUACUGUUAGGUCCUGCAUCAAAGUUGGUCAUUCAGAAGUGCUUGUCCAUAUACAGGCAGAUGUUUGAGGCAUGAGCAUGAGCAAAACUGUCAAUGUGCUAGACAUGGUCCUACAGAGUGUGCAGUCAAACUGUGCUGUUUCAUUUAUGCCUGAGAGUUCAAAGUCAUUGUCCUUAGUUUUGUCAAAUUAUAAUACUGACACUUUGUUACACAUUUUAGAAACAGUAUUUGAUUUUCUAUUUGCAUAACACUUUUUUAUAUUGUUAAGUCACAGUAGGUGCUGUGGUGAGCUAACAUUUUUGUAGUUAUUAUUUGACAUUUCCUUUAUAUGGCAAAAACGAAGACAGUAUAUUGAACUGUGUGGAACUUAGCUCCAGACAGUUGGAGGUAUAAGUACAAGCAGAAACAUUUUGUAACACUGGAUUACACUCUAGCUCUGCAUAAAACUGUAAAUUUGUAAACAACUUUGUGUUAAGUUAUACUGGAUACAGAUAUCUUCUGUAUAAUUUGUAAAGUUUGAGAAGUAAAUUGGAGAAAUAUAAA